AUGGACGGGCAGCCCCCGGCGGGCCCCGCCGCGCCGCGCUGGAGGCGGCGAGCGACCCCCCGGCCGCAGCCCCUCGCCUGGAGCAAGCCGCGGCCGCAGUCGUACCAGAGCCCCAGCGGAGUGCUCGUCACCGACUUCCCCGUGGAGGACAGGUGCGCCUUCGCCGUGACUCAGCCCGCCGGCGCCGGCGCCCCCUCGCCCGGCGGCCCCGCCAUGGGAUCGGUGUCCAACGGGACCGUGCGGCCGCCGGGCUCCCCCGCGCUGUCCCCGGAGCGGCGUUCCCGGCUGCUCGCCCUGGCUCCGGACAGCCCCGUCGGUUCGACCGCCAACGGCACCAUCUCCCCGCCGGGCAGCGGGCAGGGCCGCCGGCCGCGGCCGCCCAGGACCGCGGGGCUGGCCCCGCUGCAGGAGCGCAUCGUGUUCGGAGCCAGCGCUCAGCCCGCACCGUGUCCCCGGGCUGCCGAGCCCCCGGAGGAGCCGGGAGGGUCACCCGGGAGCGGCCGGGCUGCCGUGGGGCCCCCGGAGGAGCCGGGAGGGUCCCCCGGUAGCGGGCUGCCGGCGGUGCCGGGCGCGGAGCCCCCCGCGCUGCUGAGCACGCACAGCCCCGCGGCGCGCAGGGUGGGCUCGCAGCAGCUGAUCCCCCGCAGCCUGGCCGAGAGCCGGCCCGCGGGCCGCGCCCAGGGCCACGAGCGGGGCCUCAAGGUGCGCAGCCUGGUGGAGACCCCCCGGCCGCCCCCGGGCAGCGACCCCGAGGACGAGCCCGAGGCCGGCCCGGGCGCGCUGCGGCGCGGGCUGCGCUCCACGUCCUACCGCCGGGCCGUGGUCAGCGGCGUGGACCUGGACGGCUCCGCCAACUGCAAGAAGAAAAACAGAAUGUCCCAGCCCAUCCUGAAAGCGGUGGUUGAAGAUAAAGAGAAGUUCUCGAGCCUGGGGAGGAUAAAGAAGAUGCUGAAAGGACAGGGGACGUUCGAUGGGGAAGAAAAUGCUGUAUUAUAUCAGAACUAUAAGGAAAAAGCUCUGGACAUAGAUUCUGAUGAAGAGUCUGAGCCCCAAGAGCAGAAGCUGGAUGACAAGGUUGUUUUUCACUAUAAGCCCCUGAGGUCGACGUGGAGCCAGCUCUCCGUGGUGAAGAAGAAUGGCCUGUCAGAAGCCAUCAGCCAGGAGGAAAGGAAGAGACAGGAGGCAAUAUUUGAGGUGAUAUCUUCUGAGCACUCCUAUUUGCUGAGCUUGGAGAUCCUGGUCCGGAUGUUUAAAAAUUCCAGGGAGCUGAGCCUCACAAUGACCAAAACAGAGAGCCACCACCUCUUCUCCAACAUCACGGAUGUUUAUGAAGCAAGCAAAAAGUUCUUUGAAGAACUCGAGGCAAGGCACCAGAACAACAUUUUCAUCGACGACAUCAGCGACAUCGUGGCGAGGCACGCGGGCUCCUCCUUCGACCCCUACGUGAAGUACUGCAGCAACGAGGUGUACCAGCAGCGCACCCUGCAGAGACUGCUAGCCACAAACCCAGCGUUUAAGGAGGUGCUGUCCCGGAUCGAGGCCCACGAGGAUUGCCGGAACUUGCCCAUGAUCUCCUUCCUCAUCCUCCCCAUGCAGAGAGUCACUCGUCUCCCCUUACUGAUGGAUACUAUUUGCCAGAAAACCCCCAAGGAUUCAGCAAAAUACGAGAACUGCAAGCAGGCUCUGAAAGAAGUCAGCAAGCUCGUGCGUCUGUGCAACGAGGGCGCGCGCAAGAUGGAGCGGACGGAGAUGAUGUACACCAUUAACUCCCAGCUGGAAUUCAAAAUCAAGCCAUUUCCAUUGGUUUCCUCUUCACGGUGGUUGGUGAAAAGGGGUGAAUUAACAGCUUAUGUAGAAGACACUGGACUUUUUUCCAAAAGAACCUCUAAGCAGCAGGUGUACUUCUUCCUCUUCAAUGAUGUCCUCAUCAUCACCAAGAAGAAGAGUGAGGAGAGCUACAACGUCACCGAGUACUCGCUGCGGGAGCAGCUGCUGGUGCUGCCCUGUGCCGGGGAGGAGCACGGCUCCUCUCCCGCCAGGAGCGCGGCCGGGAUGCUCCACUCGGGCCGCAGCGCCGCGUCCCACCUCUUCAGGCUCCUGCUGCUCAGCAACCACGCCGGCGACAGGGUGGAGAUGCUCCUGGGAGCAGAGACUCAGAGUGACAGAGCCCGCUGGAUCACGGCGCUGGGCCAGGACAGCGACGGGCACCACACGGACAGGACCACGCUGGCUCAGGUGGAGAUCAUCAGAACGUACACAGCCAAGCAGGCUGAUGAGCUCUCUCUCCAAGUCGCUGAUGUCGUUUUGGUUUAUCAAAAAGUGAAUGAUGGCUGGCACGAGGGGGAGCGGCUGCGGGACGGCCAGAGGGGCUGGUUCCCCUCGGAGUGUGCCAAGGAGAUCACCUGCAGGGCCACCCUGGACAAGAACAUGGAGCGCAUGGGGCGCCUGCUGGGGCUGGAAACCAACGUGUAGCCACGUCCUCGGCCUGGCUGGGACAGGGGACAGCAGAGCCACAGCCCAGCAGCACCAGAGCCUGGCAGCUGCCCCCGAGGCCUGGCCCCAGCAGAGCAGCAGCACCUCGCAGCCGUGUCUCGGGCAGCUCCUGCAGCUCCUGCCUCGCUGCCUCCUUACGCUCUUGCUCCAUCUGCUCUCGAGCAUCUGAAGCUGUUUGCACAGCAGAACUCUGUAGGGGCCUGGCCCCCUGCCCCGGCGCUGGCAGCAGUGUGGGUGUCCUGCUCCAGAGCCUGUGCUACAGGAGCCUUCCCCUCGUGCCAGCAGCCGUGUGGCACCUGAACCCGAGUGAGCAGCUGGACUCUGUAAAGGCUGAGCUACCUCUCCAGGAAUGGCCCCGGCCUGGCACCACCAGAGCUGCCCAGGGCCCUGCAGCUGUGCCUCCCUGAGGCUGCCCAGACUGGCUCCAACUUCUGCCGUGGGCAAAGGAUUUCUGAAAGCCAGAAACGGGUACCACCCUCUGCACGGUGCUGCUGCUCCACCUCAGCACAGGUAUUUUACUGCAGAGUAAGUGCUGGAAGUGGGGGCAGUUGUUUCUGAGGUCUUGCACUUCACUCAGUGCUUCAGAACAUGAAUGCACUCACUGCUCUGGGAACAAACGCACUCAAGGCUGAGCAGAGUCCAGGGCAGGUGUCUGGAGAGAGGUGUGAGUGUGUAUGAUAAAAACCCUCCCUUUUAAGGACCAGCUGCUGCCUCAGCAGUGUAGAAAUGAGGGGACAACUUGUAGUACCAAGGCUUUCUCCCUGUUACCUUCCCCAGCCUCUGCUGGUUUUUAUCCUGCAGGAUGCUGAUUUGAGUGGUGUGUGAAUUGGGUGUUUGUAAAGAAGUAUGGCUCUAAUAAUUUACACUAGGAAGGCAGUAAUUUUGUACAAAAAUACUUACCUGGACAGUGUGACAGUGGUUAUACAGCCUUACAAAUUAAUUUAUAAGUGGACUGAUAAGAUAGUAAUGAGAGAAACUGUAAAUGAACAAAGUCUUAUUUAACAUAGUAAAAACACUGCUACUGUUUUAACAAAUUUUACUGUAUAGUGGAUGUUUAUCACAUAACUGAAUGUAUAAAUCCAGGCAUUAAUUUUAUUCAGAUUUUUUUAAUACACUGUAUAUAUUUUUCAUACCUAGUUUUUCCAAAAAUGCUGUAAUGUUUUAUAAAGACAUUUUUCAUUUUUCCUAUUGUUGGACACAGUUCUUCAGGAAUUAAAAGACUUCUAUGAUUUUAUAGGACAACAAUCAAUAA